AUGACUCGAUAUUUACGAAGCGAAGAAACUGAUGAAGAGACGUUGAUAUUAAUGAAUGAUAUAAACAAAAUCAAGGAUUUAGUACCAAAAUACAAACACCAAUUGCUCUUUAUUUGUGAACAUGAGAAAUUGUUCAAAACUGUUGUUCUUGGUAUUAGUGGCAGACACAAUGAAGCAGUUACGACGAUGAAUAUGGACGAACAUGUUUCAAAUGAGCCAUUAUGUGAUCGGAACGUACCAUCGUCAUCAACAGAAAACAUUCCUCCGUCAAAAUCGAUGCAGAAAAAAUUUCCUGAAACGUAUGAAGUUCCAGAUUUGCCAGAAAAUAUUCAAAAUUUCAUUGAUAAAGGACAAUUAGAAGGAUUUGCAAAUCACUGUGGUCAUCGACAUGUUCUAACUGACAUUGUGUUUCAUGAUUUAACAACAAAUUUUGGACUUUGGUAUCCUGAUCGUCGUCAAUAUGAAGCUGUUUCAUUUGCAAUAUUAAAAAAGCUCAAAAAAAUAUGGAAGGAGACAAUACAGGCUAAAUUUAAACGUCAGAGACGGCCAUUGGCAGAUAUCAAUCCUGAUAUCAAACAAAUGAAAGAAAAAUUUUCUCGUCCAGACAAUGGCCGACCUAUUAAAAAGAAGACAAUGAUAUUGGCAGAACGAGAUCAAGAAAAGAAAGUACUUAUUCAAAGUAGCAACACUGACGACGAAGGAGAGCAAGAAAAACGAGUACAGGUGAUGAAUGAUGAAUUAGAAAAAAGUGAUACCGAUUGGAGGAAUGAUCAAUUGCCAAUAGGAAUUAUCAAAGUCAUUGCUCGUACAUUUGACGAAUCAUGGCAUCAUACUAUUCGCGUCGGUGAAGAGGAACCAACAACGCCCUAUCCAACACUGAAACUUGAAGAAAAUCAAAUUAAAACUUUCUUAGAUUGGCAAACUGUAACCGAAACGGAUUCCAUCAAUGAUGCAGUGGCCAUAUUAGUCUCAUUUUAUCGUUUAUUUGAAUUGAAAUUCAGCACUCAUUGUCGAGCCAUCCGUUUAUUGUAUAUUGUAUUAUUGAACGAAAAGAAAUAUUUUUCAAAUUCGAUUAGACGUGUAUUAAUUGAUUGUAAAUUCGAUUUUGGUCAAGAGAAAAAAGCUCUGCUAAUUGAAAAAAUAAAUACUACUACCGAAAAAGACGAAGAGGAUAAAGGUGAUGGAUCCAACGACAGCUCACUCGAGGAUGACAAUGAACAAAAAGAAGAUCCAAUAACUACAUCAACCGGCAGUUCACAAACAAAACAAAAACGUUCUAGAGAUGAAUCAAACGACGAAAAUAAAGCAAUGCAAGAGGUACUAGAACCGAUACGCCAAAAAGCGAAAAUAAUCACAAUAACUAAGCGUAAAAUCUUAUCGACAACAAUCAAUCAACAAUGUUUAAAACGAUGUCGAGGAGAAAACGGACACCCAAAGUUAAAUUUUAAAGCAGAGGAGCAAGAGAUUGAGGAAUCGAUGCACGUUCAAACACAACAUUCAACUCGUGCAACAAAAAGAAAUGUUCGACAGAAAAAGAUGAGAUAG